UGAGGGUGUGUCACCAUGGAGACGGGGCGGCAACCAUUGGUUGACGCCUGGGGCUGGGACUAUAAAAGCGGGCCCUGCGAGCAGUGCUCUAACUGCGUUGGCCAGACUCAGGCGGUGUCGCCCGCGGAGCGGAAAGGGCAGGAUUUCGGCACGGCCGUCGGUGACACCAUGGAGAAGAACGAAUUCACAUACGAAGAUUACCAGAACACUGCUGAGUGGCUUCUGUCUCACACUACGCAUCGACCUCAAGUGGCAGUGAUCUGUGGUUCUGGGUUAGGAGGUCUGACCUCUAAAUUAACUGAGGCCCAGGUCUUCGAGUACAGCGAGAUACCCAACUUUCCCCAAAGCACAGUGCAAGGUCAUGCUGGUCGACUGGUGUUUGGAUUCCUGAAUGGCAGAGCCUGCGUGAUGAUGCAGGGCAGGUUCCACACAUAUGAAGGGUACUCACUGUCAAAGGUGACAUUCCCGGUGAGGGUUUUCCGCCUUCUGGGUGUGGACACUUUGGUAGUCACCAAUGCAGCUGGAGGGCUCAACCCCAAUUUUGAAGUUGGAGAUAUCAUGCUGAUUCGAGAUCACAUCAACCUACCUGGUUUCUCUGGUCAAAACCCUCUCCGAGGCCCCAACGAUGAAAGGUUUGGAGUUCGUUUCCCUGCCAUGUCUGAUGCUUAUGACCGGAAUAUGAGGCAGAAGGCUUUGACUGCCUGGAAACAAAUGGGAGAGCAACGGGAAUUACAGGAAGGCACCUAUGUGAUGUUGGCCGGACCCAACUUUGAGACUGUGGCAGAGAGCCGCCUGCUAAGGAUGCUGGGGGCAGAUGCUGUUGGCAUGAGCACGGUCCCAGAAGUUAUUGUUGCACGACAUUGUGGACUUCGUGUCUUUGGUUUCUCACUCAUUACUAACAAGGUCGUCAUGGAUUACGCAAACCAGGAGAAGGCCAAUCACCAGGAAGUCUUAGAAGCCGGAAAAGCAGCCGCACAGAAACUGGAGCAGUUUGUCUCCAUUCUUAUGGAGAACAUUCCACCCCGAGAGCACUGAAUGGCAUUGGGGUGCUCCCGUGCUGCCGGUGGGGUCCAAGGAGCAGUCCUCUUUGGUCCCUCGCUGGGGUCACUAGUCUCUGCUCUUACAUUGUAGCAGAAAGAGGAUCCCUGCCCUUCACCUCCUCCAAUGGUCUUCCACAUUCUGAUAUCUGCCCUCUUGCUCAGUUGCCUUCACAAAAAAGCUUAACUUUCACUCCUUUGGAAGAGCUGGAGCUCAUGCCCCCACCACACUUGGGACAUAUGUCUUCAAACAGCACCUUCUAGAUCUGGGAGAUCAUACACAUGUUCCUCUGGAUCAGCCUGGCUCCCCUAAAGCACUAUAGACCAAAGACCAACCCAGUACCUCUUUUAUGUAGUACCACAAUGUUUGGAGAAUAAAGAGAUCAAAUGCUU